ACAGGUUAGAGCUUGUAUAAAUUCUGAAACUUGCCAUUCCUUUACGUAUACGGAAAGCAUGAGUUCCCCAAUAUUUUUCAUUCGGAUGUUCUUAACAUAUGCUGCUCUCCUUCAUAAAUCAGGUGCACAGGAACUGCGUCUUGCCAAUGGACAGAACAGUUGUGUUGGGAGAGUAGAGUUUUUAAAUGAAGGAGAAUGGAAUUCAAUUUGCGAUGACGGCUUUGGAAUGAAUGAGGCGAAUGUAAUAUGUAAGCAACUUGGUUGUGGAUACCCACUCGCUACCUAUGGAUGGGCUUAUUUUGGGAAAGGCUCGGGAUCAAUCAUGCAUUAUUUACACUGUAAUGGGAGUGAAACCUCCAUAUGGAACUGUUCUCAUUCUGCCUGGAACGAAACUAAUUGUGGACACCAUGAAGAUGUUGGUAUCCUCUGCUCAGGUUCAAUCAACCUAGAAACAACGACAUUAAGUCCAGAGUUAAAUGAAGCAAACUCAACAUCAUCCCCAAGCACUCUAGCAGAUUCUGGACCUACCACAGUAUUUACCACUGAACCACCUACAAGUGCUCCGGCAGCACCAACAUCUUCACCUGAAAAAAAACCAGACUUUACUUCGGCUGCCCUAGUUACUACAUCAACACAAACUACAGCAGCUCCUGCAGUAACUGCUGAGGCAGCUUCAGAUCCUGCACCAACAUCUUCUCCUGAAAAAAAAGCGGCCUUUACUUCGGCUGCCCUAGUUACUACAUCAACACAAACUACAGCAGCUCCUGCCAUUACCACUGAAGCAGCUUCAGAUCAUGUACCAACAUCUUCAUCUGAAAAAAAAGUGGCCUUUACUUCGGCUUCCCUAGUUACUACAUCAACACAAACUACAACAGCUCCUGCAGUUACCACUGAAGCAACUUCAGAUCCUGUUACAAUGACAUGCUGGCCAGAAAAAAUGAUGGCUGUUAUUAGCAAACUAUAUAUUCGUUCAAAAGGCUGUUCUCCAACGGGUUUGCUUGUGAAUAACCGACGUGUCAGGUAUCAGGUAAAAGAAGACCAUGUUGUAAUCCCAAUGUCAUAUAAAGCCUAUGAGACAAGAACAGAGAGAUCUGGAAAUGUUGUCAGCUACUCGAACACUGUCAGCUGCUCUGGAAUGAGUGAUGGAAAGAUGAGAACUGUUCAGAUUCGUUUUAUCUGCAAAAUAAACCAGAAGACAAAAAAAGAAGAAACACACAUAGUUGAUGAAUCUGACUACACAGGAAAAGACCAGAUGCAAAGAUAAGAGCAUGAAAAAUUAUCCUUUUAUUCUACUACUUGUCCAUUUUCCAUUAACUUACGUCCCUUGCCCUACUUCCAUUAAUUCGAAUCAGAGAAUGAAGAUAUCCGAGUCCACUUCAUCACCUGCCUAUUCUCCAAGUAGUGGCCCAUUAUUCCUUUAGCGAUUUCUUGUGUGGCUUCUCUCACUGAUCCUAAUGAGCUUCUCCAACUAACUUACCCCUUCGUUAUUUUAAUUUAAAGAAUGGGUGUCCAUAUGACUCUGCUUUCACCAGUUCUCAUUCAGUAACUAGAAGAACAAUUCAGUUCAGAGUAUUCGCCAUUCACUUCAGACAAGUUAAUAUACGAUGCAAGAUUCUGGUGUGCCGCAAAUAUGAUUUUCGAUCCCGAUGCUACCAGGGUUGCCAACGUAGGCAUAAGAGAGAAACAAGUUUUGAUUUUCAACACGAGCACGUUCUUGGGCCAUUUACACUUGAGUAAUCUGAGGAAGUCAAACCUGGAAUUUUAUAUGUGAUUCCUAGGAAUUCCUAUCAAGUACAAUACUUGGAUAAUAAAUCAGGUCAUGGUAUAUUUUUCCUUUAUUGAAUUACAGAAUAAUCACCAAUGUGCAGUUAGAGAUGUUAUGACUGUAUGAUCCUGGAAAAUCCUCCUUUUGUCUGGCAUCAUUCCUUUAAAUCUCAUGUCUUUUAAUUCAACAUGAAAGAACAGUAAAACUUUUUGUUGCGAAUCAUCUUGAUUAAUUUUCUCAGGAAUUUAACAAAAUAAAUCUAUCUGGAAAAGCUUCAUGUUACAAUAAUGUGACUUACCUGUCACUGUCACAUAGUUAACAUUGAAAUUUACUAUAUCCUAGAUACGUUUUCCAGAGCUGCAGCUUUGGAAUUACCCAGGCCGGCUUUGCAGCUGCAGAGCCUCAUGUGGGCAAAAGCAUCCAUGUCAGACUCGGAGGUGGUCCUUUAAACGGGCCAAUCUGGGACCCUCAGCAGAAGGGCAGUGCCUCCAGGCAGACCUGGUGGUUAGGGUCUGCCUGUCUGGUCCACACCCCUCUUAUUUACUGGGCUGCUGCUGGACCUCUCAGCAGUUGGUACCAAAGCAACCAUGGCACCUUAAAGAUAGCGGAAUGUUUCAUUCUAGUCUCCAGUCUAGAAAGUUUUGUGUUAGUAUAUAUACCUUUUAAGUUGCCACAAAACUUCUUUGUUUAUAUAUUCUGGGAAUGAAGAAUUGGGAAAACAUGAGCCCUUUCCACAUGGUGAAUCAUCAGAGGAAAUAUUCCCUGCAUCAAGUAUGUAUAGGACAGUGUUGCCAGAUCAAAACUCAACUGCAGUUUAGAAAAAAAAAAUUCUAAGGCUCACCAAGCUCAAAAGAACCAGUGGUCGUAAGGGAUUCUCAUCCAUCAACAGAAAUCAAUUCCAUCUAGUUCAAUUUAGGCAACAGAAUACAACAGGCAGAAAGCAGGUGCAACCCAACCAGAUCAAGGCAGAGACAAGCCUAGAUCAUUCAUGUAAGAGAGCCAGUCCAGAUUGGCAUAUCUUAGGGAAAGGAGGGCCAAAUCUGACCAGUAGAAAAAAGUAUUUCUUUAUUGGGCAGUCAUAUUACUGAACAUGAGCAAAGGCUCCUUUGGAUUGGCCCAUGGGACUGUCUGGAACCAAACUGAGAACAAACUAGUCAAUAUAAACCUAAAGAGGAGUUAAUAUCAUGCUUUCCCAUUAUAGAGUAAGUGUGGUUGGCAAUGGGUUCAUUGAGUUUUUGUGUUCUCCAAGGGGAGUUAUUGUAAUUAUGUAAAGCACCACACUGUUAGUUCUACCAGAAUCAACCAACACAAAGCAAGGGAGUUUCACUUUGUCCUUGAGUUUUUUGGUCAAAGUAUUUUCCUGUAAAGAACAAUGAUCCCGAGUUCUUGCUAUGUUUUGGUUCCAAAUCAAUGCUGAGAACCUUGUUGUUUGAACUGGUACUAAAUCCUGCCCUUGAGUGAUGUGGCUGCAGAAGCAUGAAUCAUACACAGCCCUUCCUGCAUUUGAAGAAUUUCAUAUUAAAUAUUCUAACAGUGCAAUCUUAUGCAGAGUUACUCCAGUCUAAGAUCAUGGAAAUAAAUUGGCUUUGACUGGAGUAACUUUCCUCAAGAUUGUACUGUAAGGCUGUGUUAGAGGAUGAACUAGAUGUCAGUUUUCCCAGGCUAUGCAUAUUUACACAGCUGCAUGUACCUUUCUAAUCACACAGGCUCACACUUUAUACCUCCUCUGUGCCUUGAAUAUCUAUUUGCACACAUAUACUUCUAGUUUUUGUGUUGUAGUUUAUGCUAUGGGUAAUACUACAGCUGUGGUUCUGUGAAGGUCAUUGACCGAUGGCAUGGAAAAACGUAAAACAGUUACAUUAUAGUAUUCCUAUCCCCAUGAUUUUCUGUUGUGUGUUCUAUUCCUUCUCUUAAAGAUAAAUACAUUAAAGAACUUGUCUCUCCUGCUA